CGCCGUUUCCGGUUUCCAGCUGGUGUUUCCCGAUUGCAAAUCUAUCGGAAAAAAGCAGCGGAUCCCGAUGGCAUGGACACUUACGCAAGGUCUGCCGCGCCGCCCUGCUACUGGAGCCUAUUCACAGUCUCUUCAGCCUUCAACCCAACUCCACCGCUAUCGCCCUGCAGCUCUGCCGCAACGCGACCACCGACCAUCGAGCCAAAGCAGGCGGCAUGAGGAGGCUUGAUUCGGUACACUUAUCCAUGCUGCUCAUCGGGGUCUCCUUCGCCUGCUACUCCCCGAGUCUGAAUUCCCUGCAGGACCAGGCUUACAGAUCUGCCGUGGUGAUUGAGGGCAAGGUGCAGUCCGCGCCUCAGAACGUCUCAGCAGAGCCGUACAGUGUGAAUGUCAAAGUCCUGGACGUGUGGCCGCGGAACAGCGGGGGUCUGGAGCGGGAGCAGCUCGUCACCGUAGGGGAAUUUGGCUCGGAGGCUCCGUGCGCCAAAGUGAAAAAGAAUCACAAGUAUAUAUUUUUCAUGGACCCAACUGAUGAACCCUUGGUUUUUAAAGCGUCGUUUGCGCCCCUAGAUACAAGUGGGAAGAACCUGAAAAAAGAUGUUGGGAGGAUCUUGUGUGAAGACUGCGCUGCUUUUCCUUCACUAAAGCGUAUGAAGAAUCCAGUGUUGGCAGACGAAGGAAGCAGGCUGAUCGUGAAGUGCGAGGCCACUGGUAGCCCCGCCCCAGAGUACAAGUGGUACAAAGAUGGCGCUGAACUGAAGAAGAGCAAAGAGAUCCGAAUCAGGAACGGCAAGAAAAACUCCAAAGUUCAGAUCGGCAGUGCAAAGCUGGAGGAUUCUGGGAAUUACACAUGUGUGGCAGAGAAUAUUCUGGGGAAGGCCAACGGCACCAGUACAGUGCACGUACAAAGCAUAACCACAACAGUAUCUCCGGGUUCGGGCCAUGCCAGAAGAUGCAACGACACAGAGAAGACGUACUGCGUCAAUGGCGGCGACUGUUACUACAUACAUGGUAUAAAUCAGCUGUCCUGCAAGUGUCCAAAUGACUAUACUGGUGAUCGCUGUCAAACCUCCGUUAUGGCCAGUUUCUACCAGUCUCUGGGGAUUGAAUUUAUGGAGGCAGAGGAGCUUUAUCAGAAGAGAGUCCUGACAAUCACCGGCAUCUGUGUGGCUCUUUUGGUGGUGGGAAUAGUCUGUGUGGUGGCCUACUGCAAAACCAACCUCCCUCCCAGGAAACAGAGGAAGAAGAUGCACAAUCAUCUGAGGCAGAACAUCUACGUGGAUCAUCCAAACCGCAACCUGGCCAAUGGACCCAAUCACCCCGGGCCUGGUCCUGAGGAGAUUCCCAUGGUAGAUUAUAUCUCCAAAAAUGUACCGGCAACUGAGAGAGUCAUUCGGCACGGAGCAGAGGCACCUUUUCCUGGCAGCCGUCAGUCUUCCAGAUCCCACAACUCCUCCACCCGGGCUCAUUCCUCCACCCACAGACAUGAAGGGAGAACGUGGAGUCUGGAGCGCACAGACAGCGUCCUCUCCGACUGUCCUUCCGGCCUGAUGUCGUCCUCAGUGGGGACCAGUAAAUGCAACAGUCCUGCGUGCAUGGAGGCUCGGGCCAGGCGUGCCGCACACUGUGGCUUUACUGAGCCCCACCGGCCGGCCCUGCAGUACGGCGACUCUUUCGACUCGCUCGGGGACUCUCCGCACAGCGACAGGUAUGUGUCAGCGCUGACCACACCGGCUCGCCUGUCUCCUGUGGACUUCCAUUACUCACUGCCCCCGCAGGUGCCUACCUUCCAGAUCACGUCUCCCAAUGCCAGCCACGCCAUGUCUCUGCCUCCCGCCGCCCACGCUCCCUACCCGCCAGAGGAAGACCAGCCCCUGCUGCGGCGGUACCAGGUGCCCCUGCACGAGGCACGGGGCCACGAACCCUACCGGCAGCAGCAGCGCGGCAGCUACCUACGAGACAGCACGGGCAGCCUUCCCUCCAGCCCAUACCGGCUGGCUCAGGAGGAAGAGUAUGAAAGCACCCAGGAGUACCUCUCCUCGAUGGAGCAACCAAAGAGAAGCAGUCGGCGCUGGCGCAGGUCCAGGCUCAACGGCCACGUGGCGCCGCGCGGCUACCAGCCGUCCAGGGACUUGGGCUCACGCAGCUGCUUGUCUGACAGUGACUCGGAAGAAGAGGAAGGUGAGAGCACGCCCUUCCUCAGUAUGCAGAACAUGAAUGCCGCCGAGCCCUCUGCCCUCUACAGGCCUGUGCCUGACACGCGGACUUCUCACGCCCAGAGCGGGCGGCAUGGGUCUCGCGCCAACACACAGACCAGACUGACGCACUCGCGAUCCAAACCGGACAAUGCACCCCACUAGAGAGACCGCCAAACUAUCCACAAAAAAAGAUCUACUAUAGACAUGCACCUAUAAGAAAUAUUUUUAUUUUAUAUAACUGACAGAUAUUAUAAACAAAUGAAAUAUUUAUUUUCAUUUUAGCAAACGUUGUCUACUAGUUAACAGCAAAGACUUUUUUAUAGGGAAAACUCUAUUUAUAUGUACAUUUUGAUUUACAGCAUAAAAAAUAUGUGCCAACUUUUUCACAACUUAAAAAAAAAUAGAGUAAUAUUGUGGUGCCUUUUGCUGUAUGCUGAUUGCAGAGGGACAGUGGAGUUUUUUGUAGCCUUUCUUAUACGGACGCCUCAUUUUUUAUACUCGUUUACUCUUUUGUUGUCUCUUUUUGGCCUUUUUUCCUUUAUUUCCUUUCCAGGUUGUGUUCUUUUUGGGAGCUGACCCCCAUUUGAACUGUGACAUACCCCUCCCCCCACCAUCAUGCAAUAUAAACCACUCUAACAUAAGGUGUAUGUUUACAUGAAUUUGAGAUGUUUUAUGAUCAUGUUGCUUUGCCAACAGGAAAUCGAUGACAAAUGCAAUUGGGGUUUUGGAAAAUAAGUCUGUAUGUGUGUGUGCGUGUGUGCGCGUGUGUGUGUGUGUGUAUGUAAACGACCAAAUGAGAGGCCUCGGAAUGACUGUGGCUCUGAGAAAUAUGCUGCUGUUGUUUAGAGUUACGCAUGUGGGCACCUGAUGUCGUCUUACAGAUGUACCGCCUUGACUUGCUUUGCAUCCCUACAGGGUAAGGUUUGUCACACGGGAGCCUUUUCUUUCCAAAGGGGGUUAAGUGUGAGGGGGCCGUACUGGCCUGUCAGAGUUAAUAGCUUUUGACAGAUAACAAAGAAAUAAAGAACAUAUAGUCUUUCCCACUCUCAACCCACUUUCCCUUCCCUCAGUCGAGUCACCCUCAUUAUCAGCACAUCCAUCCGGUUAGAGUGGCCAGCAGACAGAUAGACAGGAGGAAUGGAAGGCCUCACAGCGUCUCAGGACCUCACUCCACCGCACAUCUUCCUCUAACGCAGAACUGAAGACAGACUGACACCAGGCUGAAAGAGGCAUCCACUCUACCAUUUGAUCCUGGUACUCCCAGAUAGGAUAAGGGCGUUCACAUGGGAUGCAUCCUUACUAGAUUUAUUUUAAUAUAUAUAUAUACCAAGAUAUUUGCAGUCAAACAGGCCUAACCCUUGGAAUAUGGUGUAUAUUAUGUAUAAAGAAACAACUUUUACAUUAUUAGAAAAUAUAUUAUUUAUUUAGUUAUUUAUAUUUCGCUUCACGAAAGCCACAUUUUCUGACACCAUGUCAAAUUGAACUCUGACAUGCAGAUUGGACCAAUCAGAUGAAUCUAGGGGUGGGAUAUGCCUAUUCAUAUUUACAUUAUGGGGCUUUUUUCAGUUCUGUCAUUUAAAUGUGUCCUGUGUGAACAGCCCUGAAGAGGGUUCUGUGCAGAACACACAAUCACAUACACACAGUAUCAAAUGGCAAGACAAAUAGCUGUGAAAAUUAUUAGGGGUCUUUAAAAUGCCAAUAUAUGCAAGCUUUAUAUUUAACUUGUGUUCCAGUGCAUUUCAUUUUUAUGUGUAAUGUGAAGACUGUUUGUUCCCUUUCAGUCGGUCACUAUGAGUUCUAUUUAGGGGAUUGUUUGGGGAUUCCUCACAGGAGGCCAAUCAGCUCUGAAUAGUUUGAAAAUGGGCCAUUACAAUGUGGCGCAUGAAAUCAACAUGCGAGGUCACUUCUGUAUACAUACAGGUAUAUUUGUCGCCAAUGUACAGCUACUCUUUCCAAUUUUUGCUUUAGAACCCAAUUGUAUCUGGAUGCAGACUUGGAUUUGCAAGCUGAGACUGCAUAUCCCAGAGAUGCAUUGUCAGACUCAAUGGAGCUAGUGACGUCACUGUGAUGGGUAGGGGUGGGGUUGGGUGUGGGCAUUAAAAGCAUUGCAUGCAGCUCAGCUUGCAACUGCACCGGUCAGAAUCAGUCAGUUUUUGUAAAUGACUGUUGUCAUAGUGCUUCGGUGGUGGUUUGGUAGGCCACUCUAAAUCCUAUGUGGCACUUCAGUCUGUUCAAAAUAGCAGUUUCUCCAAGUAAAAGCAACAUGUCUUUUGUUGUUCAUUCUGUGUGAUUCUGGAUGUGGUGGUUUACUGUACUAUGUAGACAGUCAUGGUCAGCAUAUCCUUUGAGACUCCUGAGAAUCAAAUGUCCAUUGCAGCAUUGGCGGGCAGGCAUUUGUCUUCCUGCUAAACUAAACAACCCUUCUUGGCUGAUUCCCUAAAUAAAGAUAUUCUUUGUCAGGGGUGGUGCAGCAUGGAGAUCUAUGGAAACUCGAUGUUGGGCUCCUAGAUGGUACAUGGAAGACACCGUCAGUCAGGCCUGACUGCUUCCUCUAGAGCAUAGGUCUCAAACUCAAAUCCCGGAGGGCCACAGCUCUGCACACUUUUGCUCCAACGCUAAUCAAACACAGCUGAUCUAGUAGUGUCUAGUAGUUUUGAAAAUCUUGAAUAGUUGGAUCAGCUGUGUUUGAUUAAGGUUGGAGCGAAACUGCAGAACUGCGACCCUCCAGGAAUCGAGUUUGAGACCUAUACUCUAGAGUUAAGCCUACACUCGAAAGUGUAGUCUGUUCAUUGAUUGAUGAUCUUCUUGUUGAGAUGAUGCCUGAUCAGUGUUGUGCACUCUAUCAUUUAAGAGAAGUAAGAAAGGAGGUUUUCAUCCUCCAACCUGAAGGUUCAUGCUGCUGCCAUCACAGCUCACUGUGACACAUCUAAUGGCAGGACAGUCAGGAACUAGCUCACAUGGCACAUGGCUCUCUCUUGAGAGCGCCAGGAAGUUGAGCCCUCUUAGGCUGCUUCUUGUACCCUUGGAAUCUCCCUGUAGUCUCCUUGCACAACUGCAUAGAAAUAUAACUGAGCCAUUUAAGGGAGUCAAGCAAUAUCCUGUCCCUGAAGACAGCACUCCUGACCAUGCUCACUUCCAUCAAGAGGGUAGUGAUCUUGCUGGCAUUUCCAGUUAUCUAAAAGUGCCUUGAAUUUGGGCCAACUGACUGUUGAAUCAUCUUCAGACUAUGGCCAGCUUAUGUUCCCAAGGUCCCCAACACUCCCUUCUGUAACCAGGGGGUGAGGAUGGAAGUGUGGCCUUUGAAGGAAGCAGACCCAGCCUUGACAUUGCUGUCCUGUUUGCACAUUGUAGAUGUACGUGGACCGCACCCAGAGCUUUAGGAAAUCUUUGUCUUCUUCAGAGGUCCGCAGAGGGGAAAUGCUGUUGUGGGCUGGGCAACACAACACGUUUGUAAGAUUUAACAUGCCAGUCUCUUCCUGUGUAUAAUACCAUUUAUACUUCAUUCAUCAAGGUAAGAAGGAAGCACCCAUCCUUCUCGAAACUGAUGUGGCAGACAGGAGUUAGCACUUGCCCUGACCUACUCAUCAGUCACAUUAGCUGCUCCAUUCUCCUUAACCCGGAGCUAUGCUCUCCACUACUAAGCUUUUUUUUCCCUUGGUAAUAUUUGACUAUCAUGCUUGGUGCAUAGGAUGGUGUAGUGUUGGAUGAUUUGUAUGCACAUACUUGCGCUUGUUGCACCCAAAACUUGUAACCUGUUUCAGUGUUUGUGAAGCUUUCCAUAGGGACCCUUAAUGCCUUACAACACACUCACAGUGACCUACUGAAAGAGAAUAUCUCAGUUACAUAUGUAACCCAAAUUCCCUGGAGGAAGAAACUGAGGCAUCUUGAUGACCUGAACCACCAGUUGAAUGCUAAGUGCUGUCUCGGGUCCUCAGCGCUAACCUGAAUAAGUGCCUGCAUGCUGGCGGCUUAUAUACCUGUAUGUAUGCAAGUGUGGCCUUACAUGCUAAUUCCACUUAAAAAUACCUUUGGGCCGUCAUCCUAUUCAGAUGUGAUUCUGCAAAGCGGAAUCCCCUAAUGUUGUCACGACACACCGUCUCCAUAUCCUCCUUCAGGGAACGAAGGUUACACACGUAACCAAGAUGUUUCCAGUUACUUUUUUUGUUAUGUCCACGUAUUUUAUAACUAUUUAAAAUAUAUCACAGUUAAACACACCAAAUAGUGCAGUUCAUUAUUAUUAUUAAUUUAUAAUGAAUGCUAUGUCAUCGGUUUAUCAUUAUUUGUCAUAUGUUACUACAUGUUCAUAUUAAAGUACUCAUUGGGCCCAAACGAAACCAGAAACAGCUGUGCUGACUGACUCUGUUCGGAUGGAUGCACUCCAACAUUAAAAACCAGUCAGUGUGGAUAAGCGUUAGAUAAAGUGAAAUCACCUGUUUCUAACUUUUCACUUACUACGAAGAGCGUCCACAGUCAGCAUCAGCUUGCCUCAGUGUUGAGAAGAUCAUAGAAAGUUGAGAGAGGUGCAGUCCACUGGGUUACUGAAAUCAACACCAAAUAAAAGAGGAAGAUUAGAACUAGACAUGCUAAGUGUUUCAUGGACUUCUUGCAUAAAAGAAGAGAUGAGUUGUGACUAUUUUGGUAAAAAAAAAUAAGAUAAAUAGAACAAAAAUACAAUGAUAAAUGGGGUUGCUGUAUUAUGACAGCAAAAUGAAAUAUAAUUUUUAUACAUAUGAAAUGAAGACAUGUUUUGUUUGAAGUUUGGGUGGAAAUUGGUUACCCUACCUUUCUUCCUUACAUUUUGAGUUUUAUUUGUAUGUUUGAGAAAUGCCAAAAUGCUCUAGUUAGUUUAAUGUGAUAUCGCUAUUCAACCUCUUGAUGGUUAUGUCCUGCCAGUUUAUUUAUACUUUUUGUUUCCCCGCUUGAAACGUCUAAACACCUCACUUCUGCAUGUCCUUGUGGUCAAGGUUAGAUGGGUGCAUGGUACAAGCAGCAGAUGAUUUUUUCCCCUCGAGUCAGUGGAUGUGUAUUAUUAUUAUUUUAUUACUUUUUUUACAUUCAGCAAUAAAAAAGAAAUCUUCCCCCAUCAUGUCCAUUCUUGGGAAAUGCUAGAGGAUAUUGAAAAGUGAGACAAACACACUUGACUGUCAUAGAUUGUAAAAAUAAAAUGAAAACACCUGUUCAUAUGAGAAAAUAAAUCUUUCAUGGUAUCAUUUUGA